UUUAAGACAGAGUAAAGCACAACACCUUAAACAUACAGGUCCAGGGUGUCAUCGUAUCAGUCAUCAACGUAUAUCAAACAACUACAGCUACUAAACAUGCAACUUCUUUUUCUUCUGCUCUGUUUGUUUGUUAAACCAGCUUUUCUCCAGGAGAGCCAAUGGGCCAAAUUGAUCUUCCAGAUUGGAGCACCGGUCAUGCCUGCUGGUCAGACCGUCAAAAUGUUUUGUAUGGUAUCAUUUGUUGUGAACAAAUACACCUGGUACCGUCUGAACCAGACCACAUGCACAGCUAUGAAUAUUAACAGCAACUCUGUGACUCUAAUUGUCACCACUCAGGACUCUGGAGAAUACAAGUGUUCAGGUUAUUACAAUGGAACAAGGUACGACAGCAAUGCAGUAAACCUGACUGUGGUAGAGAGACUCUCCAAUGUGUGGGUGUCAUCCACACCCAAGGACUUGGUCACCAUGGAGGGGCAGAGUGUCACCCUGUACUGUCAGGCCACCUCCCACCCCCCCUCUGUCAUCUGGAGCUGGAGCAGGUUGGACGAGCAGGGUGGGUGGCAGAAGGUGGACAUGGGGCGAGAGCUGACCCUGAGCAUGGCAAGUGAGAGUGGGCAGUACUUUUGCCAGGCUUACAGCAACAUCUCUUCCCUGACGCAGCAGCAACAAAGCCCGUCCCACACAGUCUAUAUCGUCUACUUCCCCAUGACUGGCAGUGUGUAUGCAGGAGUGGCAGGGUUGGUGCUGGUUCUCCUUGCCGGGGUCUUACUGCCCUUGUUGCUGCUGUGGCUCUGGAGGCAUCGGGCCAAAGAGAAGGCCGGUCAAGAGACCUUGGCCACCAAUAGUGCACCGGCCAAAGGAUAUACUGGACCUGCAAAAGCACCAAAGGGGAGGAGUCAGGCCCAGGCUGGGAAUGAGGGAGAAGUCUACAUGAACUGUGGUGAAACCAACCAAGCCUACAGCGACCUGUACCCCACCUACAUGACAGGGGAUGAUACCUACGCCACCUUGGGAUGAUUCCUCUUAAAUCCUCCUUUGCUCAUUGUAAAACACUGUGGGGCAGUUUCCCAGACACAGAUUAAACAUAGUCCUGGACUAAAAAACUAUUUAGACAGAUACUCUAUUGACCAUGCUUUUUCAUCCAGGACUAGGUUUAAUCUGUGUCAGAGGAACUGUCCUUAAGAGGGUUAGAGUUUGUUAAAUAUUUAAAGAGAAGCUAGACUUGAUCUCUAAAAAGUAAAAAGGUUUGAAAAGUCUUAUUUUUCUCAUUUGUCUGCAUUCAUAGUGAUAUUUGUCAGAAUCUUUUAAUGGAAGCUUUGAAUAAAAAAACGAGUGUGAAACAAAAAAAAG